UACAUGUUCUAAUUUACCAAACAAUACAAAAAGUUAGCAAAUGGUAAAUGAUAGAGAAAAAAGAUGCUCCUAGCUGAUGGAACCUUUCAAAGGAUAUCCCCCAAAUGAAAUACACAUCAAACAAAUCAUAAACAAAAUUAGUACAAGCUUCUCUGUUUUUAUUUUUAAGGAGGAAAUACUAAAGAGGCCAAAUUCAACCACCACUUUAUUUAUGUGCAUAAAACUAUAGUGUAAGGUUCAUUAUUCAAGAGAAGAUGAAAAGAAUGAUACAUUAUUUUAAGUUUUUAACUGAAAAUCAACAAGGUCAGACACGUAAAUUAUGCAGAUGUUUCUGUCAGGGAACUCAGCUUUCUCCAAACCAUGAUGAUUCAACAGAUGAUUUUUCUAUGGUUUCGCCAAGAAUUAGACUUAGAGAUGGGAGGCACUUGGCUUAUGUUGAGAGAGGUGUUCCUAAAGACAAAGCAACUUACAAGAUCAUCAUUGUGCAUGGUUUUGGAAGCUCCAAAGAGAUGAAUUUUCUGGCACCUCAGGAAUUGAUAGAUGAAUUGAGUAUUUAUCUUGUGCAAUAUGACCGGGCUGGAUAUGGAGAAAGUGAUCCAAACCCGAAACGCUCAUUGAAAAGUGAAGCACUUGAUAUUGAAGAGCUUGCUGAUAAGCUACAAAUAGGAGCACAUUUUUAUGUAAUUGGAGUCUCAAUGGGUUCAUAUGCAGCAUGGAGUUGUCUAAAAUAUUUCCCCCACAGGCUUGCAGGGUUGGCACUAAUAGCUCCAGUUAUAAAUUAUAGAUGGCCUUCUCUCCCUGUGAGUCUGGUAAGAGAGGAUUAUAGAAGGAAAUUUAUUAGAUGGGCAUUGUGGCUUGCAAAUCACUGUCCUAAACUAUUGCAUUGGUGGGUCACUCAAAAGUGGCUCCCUUCAACUGCUGUCAUAGAAAAAAACCACACACUCUUCAACAAAAAUGAUAUAGAUAUUUUGAAGACUAUUCCAGGGUUCCCAAUGUUUUCAAAGGACAGGUUAAGGGAACAAGUUGUUUUCGACACUCUCCGCCAUGAUUGGAAGGUAGCUUUUGGAAAAUGGGAAUUUGAUCCAAUGAUGUUAAGCAAUCCAUUUCCUCACAAACAAAGUUCAUUUCACAUUUGGCAAGGAUAUGAAGAUAAAGUUGUGCCUUCUGAACUACAGAGAUUUGUUUCAGGAAAACUGCCUUGGAUACAAUAUCAUGAAAUACCAGAUGGUGGUCAUUUAAUUGUAUACUAUAAGGGCUUGUGUGAGGCUAUUUUGAGAGCACUUUUACUUGGUCAAGAAAAUCAUGCAUAUAGACCUAGGUCAUCUUUAUUAUUCAAAGAGGAGUGCUAUCAGGAAACUAUUUAACACAGUUCAUUUCACAUUAUUAGGGAAAAUAUAAAUUCAUGUAGAUGUGUCUCACUCUUUAUUAGGUGAGACACACACAAACUUCAAUUAGUUAUGAAGACGUGUUAUAUAAAUUGUGCUAGAGAAUAUGUUAUAGGUUUUUUUUUAUUUACUUUUUUUAUGAUUUUAUAAUUGAAUGUGUUUCUUGUUAACAUUUUUUAGGAGUAUGUCAAUUGUAUAAAUUACAUUAGUUUGGUGGGAAAAGAAGAUAAUGUCAAUGUGUGUAAAUUAUAUUCA